AUGAUAAAAUUUGAGGUUAGAAAAUGUACAAAUAUUGGAAGGUUAGGUGAAUUUAUUGAAUGGGGUGAGGAAAAAUAUAUGAAACAUAAAACACCAAGUUAUAUGAUUUAUACUCGAGGAGGAAGUAUACCUCAUUUGCAUUGGAAAAAUUUUGAAAAUUAUUUGAAAUUAAAGCAAGAACCUAUAGUUCAAAUAAGUAUUUCUAGUUUUUCUAAUUCACUAGAUGUUUUAGAAAAUUAUGGUAAAGGUGUUUCUACAUUUGCUAACAUUCCUAGAAAUUUACCUAUUCAUUUAACAAUUUUGGAUCAACUAGGGAGAAUUGAAAUAGGUUAUAAUAAUGAUCUUGGUAUGGCUAUAUGGACUAAAUCUGGAAAACGAUCAGUUAAUGGUGAGUAUUAUAAAAAAUUUAUUGAUAUUGUAAAACCAAGUAGUUUUUCAACAUUAAUGGAUUAUGAUACUCCUAAAGAUUCAUUAGAAAAAAGAUUAAAAAGAUCUAUUGCUAGAACUAAUAUUUAUAUGAAAAAUUUUGACAGUAAAGGUGAAGUAAACAUUCCAAGAAUUGUUUCAAUAAAUGGUGGAAAUUCUUUAGAGUGUAGAGAAGAACUAGCAUCUUUCUUUGCUGUUAAUCCAAAAGCAUCAGGAUUUAAUUUAGAUAUGACACUAUUUUCUAAUUCUGAGGAAAAUAAAUUGUACAUGGGAUUUGAUGAAAAAUAUAUCAAAAAUUUACUUAAAGUGACAUUUGAAAUUUUACCAGUAAAAAAAUUUAAAGUUUCUGAGGGUGUUUUUAAUCCAACACAAAUUUUAUCAUUAAUCUCUAUUGGUUUUGAUCUUUUUGAUAGUUCCUAUGCAUCAAAACUAGCUUCAGAGGGUAAAUGUUUCAGAUUAAAUGAUGACUACCCAAAUUGUGGUGGUAAUUUUAAAGAAAUUGACUUUAAACAAAAAGAGUUGUUUGAAAAAGAUUUUUCAAGUGUUACAAAUAAUUGUAAAUGUUAUACAUGUAAAAAUUAUACAAAAUCUUAUAUGGCUCAUCUAGUUAAUACAAAAGAAUUACUAGCUCCAUUAUUAUUGACUAUUCACAAUAUUUUUGAAUAUGAUAGAAUGUUUGAUAUUAUUAGAAAAUACAUUGAUUCUCAAAAUUCUUGUUAA